GAUGCCCGAGUUUGCCUUGGGAAGGAUGAUAACUAACUGAUUGGUGUAGUGGUGACGUGACACUCUUCCUGGUUGUUUGGAUGCUGGAGGGGGAUCGGAGCCGAUUAUUGGUGCCCAGUCUGGUUUAGCGGCUUUCUGAGGACCCCCUUAAGAGGCCCGGACUGUUGUGUGGCUUUCCGAGCGGGGCCAGAUUAGGCCGCCGCUUCGUUUCUCGAUCAUAUUUGAGCUGAAUCUAUUGUCAAGAUGGUUUUAGCAGAUCUUGGGAGAAAAAUUACCUCAGCGUUGCGCUCCCUGAGCAAUGCUACCAUUAUCAAUGAAGAGGUUUUAAAUGCUAUGCUAAAAGAAGUUUGUACGGCAUUAUUGGAAGCUGAUGUCAACAUUAAGCUGGUGAAACAACUAAGAGAAAAUGUCAAAUCUGCUAUUGACCUUGAAGAAAUGGCUUCUGGACUCAACAAAAGAAAAAUGAUCCAACAUGCUGUCUUUAAAGAACUUGUUAAGCUUGUAGAUCCUGGAGUCAAAGCUUGGACACCCACAAAAGGAAAACAAAAUAUCAUCAUGUUUGUAGGCUUGCAAGGAAGUGGCAAAACAACCUCGUGCUCAAAGUUGGCAUAUUAUUACCAGAAGAAAGGCUGGAAGACAUGUUUGAUAUGUGCAGACACUUACAGAGCAGGUGCUUUUGAUCAGUUAAAACAGAAUGCCACAAAAGCAAGAAUUCCAUUUUAUGGGAGUUACACAGAGAUGGAUCCUGUAAUUAUUGCUUCAGAAGGUGUUGAAAAAUUCAAGAAUGAAAACUUUGAAAUAAUAAUAGUUGAUACAAGUGGUCGUCACAAGCAGGAAGACUCUUUGUUUGAAGAAAUGCUACAAGUCGCUAAUGCCAUACAACCAGAUAAUAUAGUAUAUGUGAUGGAUGCCUCUAUCGGUCAAGCCUGUGAAGCUCAAGCAAAGGCUUUCAAAGAUAAAGUUGAUGUUGCUUCUGUAAUUGUAACAAAACUUGAUGGCCAUGCCAAGGGAGGUGGAGCAUUGAGUGCAGUUGCUGCAACUAAAAGUCCAAUCAUUUUUAUUGGAACUGGCGAACAUAUAGAUGACUUUGAACCUUUUAAAACGCAGCCUUUUAUCAGUAAACUUCUUGGCAUGGGAGAUAUUGAAGGAUUGAUAGAUAAAGUAAAUGAAUUGAAAUUAGAUGACAAUGAGGCUCUCAUAGAGAAACUAAAACAUGGUCAAUUCACAUUGAGAGAUAUGUAUGAACAGUUCCAAAACAUCAUGAAAAUGGGGCCCUUCAGUCAAAUACUGGGUAUGAUCCCUGGUUUUGGAACAGAUUUCAUGAGUAAAGGCAAUGAACAGGAAUCAAUGGCACGGCUAAAAAAACUGAUGACGAUAAUGGACAGUAUGAAUGAUCAAGAACUAGAUAGUACAGAUGGAGCCAAAGUUUUCAGUAAGCAACCAGGAAGAAUCCAAAGAGUAGCAAGAGGUUCUGGUGUUUCAACUAGAGAUGUUCAAGAACUCCUGACACAGUACACAAAAUUUGCACAAAUGGUGAAAAAGAUGGGAGGCAUUAAAGGACUUUUUAAAGGAGGUGAUAUGUCAAAAAAUGUAAAUCCAUCCCAGAUGGCAAAACUCAACCAACAGAUGGCAAAGAUGAUGGAUCCUAGAGUUCUUCAUCAUAUGGUGUGCGACUUCCUUGGUGAAAAGAUUGCCUCUGUUCUGGGCAUCAGUACACCAAAAUACCAAUAUGCCAUAGAUGAAUACUACAGAAUGAAAAAGGAGGAGGAGGAAGAAGAGGAAGAAAACAAAUUGUCAGAGGAAGCCGAAAGGAGGUUUCAAGAACAGAAGCAGAGCCAAGAAGGAAUGGCUAUUCAGACAGCCCAGCCAAGGGAUACAGCCUGUAGUACAUUCAUGAAUCUAAAUUUUGAAAGUGAAGGAGAGGAUCAGUCCGUUGUAGAAAGUAAACGAGAUUUUACUGUAGUGUCUGCUUAGAAUGACAUAUAGUAACAUUUCUUGAAUUGCCAAACAUUUGUUGGUCCUUUUUUGCAUGUUUGGUGGCAUGUAAUUUAUUUUAAAAUAUGGCCAUGAUAUUAAUAUUAGUUUCUUCAGUCCAUAUCUGUCUAAUAAAGACCAAGAUAUUUAUUUCACCUAUUAUAAAAUGGAAAUAAAUGGGUUCUAUUUUGAUCCUUCUAUGCAGAAGUAAAAGAUCUUUCCCGAGCACCUGGUGCCUUCAUGGUAGUUAUGGACUGAUAACUAUGUUUCUUUUUGUUUAAAAGUCUGUUUUGUUUUUAUAACGUUACUUACUGAAAGCUAGGUGAAAAUUUUAAACUAACUGGAAAAUAAAUACCUUCAUGAUUUAGUCUAAUUGCACUGUUGCACAUGUUUAUAUGAAUGUCCAGCAGUCAUCUAAUUCAUGUGGUUUUGUUAAUAUUUGCUAAAGUAAAUAAUGCUCUUAAAAUUCAUCUAAAAAUUGAUAAAGGAUAAGUGUUGCAGGUCCAACAAAGAAGAAUCUAAAGAGUAUCAAUUGGUUGAUAUUAAAUCUCAGGCUAUACAAAAUGUGAUAGAAAAGAAUUCCACUAUUCCAAAGAGUUGAUACUUAGUCUACAUAAAUAUUAGAUGAAUUAUUGUUGAAUGUAAACACUGAGCAAACUUUUAAAUGAAUGUGCCGUUUGUGAAGUAUGAUGAAUUAUUAGUACUGUAUGUUCAUAGUUUCAUACAUGUACCUAUCACUGUUCUGACCUUAAAAACUGAAGUCAAUCACAUGUAAAAUUUAACAUCUCAGAAAUAUUUAUUUUUAAUAGGAAGAACCACCUAUUAUGACAAUUGUGAAUUUUCAAACUAAAAAUCUGUUCAUCCUAAGAAACACUGAAAAUCUACUGUAAACGGAAAUUUUCUGUAGGACAAUCCAUAAAACAUCUGCAACAUGAAGUUUAUAGAUAGAGAUUAGAGCUGAAUGGAUUGUGUGCAUGUAGUGUAAUGGGAUGUAUUCAGCAAAGUUGUUCUGCUCCCUAAGCACUUUCUGGAUAUAAUGACUUCAGUAGUUUACAUUGCCCCUUCAAUCUGUUUUUAAACAUAUACAUUUGUAUAAAUUUAGCUGGAAUUUAAAAAAAACUGCAAUACACUAUAUAGUACUAACAGAAUGGAUAAAAAUGGCAAAGAUAAAGAAUAUAUGUUUUUGCCUUCAUUGCCAUCUGAUCGGGAGAAAUCUCAUCUAAUAUACUGCUCGUUUGGUACUUUUUAAAAUGUUUGGACAGUUUUCUCUCAAUAUACGCAUCCAUUUUGGAUUACAAAAUGAUAUAGUUGUUGGCUAUAAAAUAUGUAACAUAAUUAUUCAAAUCACUGUACAGGAUAUAAAAAAUUCUAAGGCAACAUAGUUAAUAAACUGAUUAUCUUGCUCUAA